AUGACUUUUGAUGAACUGCUCGAAUUGGCCACGGUUCUGCUGCUUCUGGAGGAGUUACACUGCGAGUUGAGCACGAUCAAUAUCUUGCCUGAAUCAGAGACAGGCUUCGUCCGCUACGUUGGUCAAAUGCUCACAAAGUAUUAUCCGCUCAACAGGAACCUGAGGAAUUGGAACUUGCUGGGCCAACAUGAUGGUGAGGUCUGCAGCACUACAAAGAACGCUGUCGUUCUUGCUGUCCUUUGUCCUGGCUUUGCAUUUGCCUCUAUAGAAUAUCGUCUUCAAGUUGCUUACGACAACUACCUGAAAGCAUUGGCCCACAUUAUUAUGUCGGUGUCUGACAACAAAAAAGAUUGCUCUAUUGCAAGUGAAUGGACCAGUUCUAUCUCAUUUCUUUAUUCUUAA